UAGACACGUUAGGGACAGACCUAUAGAGCUGACUAUGGAAUUGCAUUUCUAUUGGCUUCCAAAUAUAGAUAGAAUUAGCCGAUAAGGGGGUAUACCGAUUCACUAUUUUGUAAAUGUAGUUUUGCUAGAAAUGAAGAAAAAAAAAGGGUAAGACUCAGAAUGGAGGGUAGAAAAAUAUUUGGUGUCGAUUAUUUAUGUUAAUGUCCUAAUUUGUGUCCGGAGACGUGUUGGUAUAUCUGGGAAUGCUGCCAUCAGUAUUGAAGAAGAGGAGAUUUCUGUAGCUUCCACUCUCGCCUUUGCUUUGGUCAUGACCAUGGGCUCUUCGCCCUUUAGUCGCAAGCCAUGUUAGCAAAACAAGAUGCUUUCUUUAUGUGCAGAUCCCUCCUCCUCUUUCGCUUUUCAGUCCAAAGUCUUCAGCACCACUUGAUUACUCAGAAGGUCCUAUCAAGGCCCAUUACUAAUGCUGCAACGAGAAGCCAUAGAUCGAGCAGCUUCCUUGUUUAUUGCAACACCCAGAUCACGAAGCAUGGACGAAACGGUCGCCUCGAAGAAGCUGAAUCCGUCUUCCGACGGAUGCCCUCCAAGAACACCGUUUCUUGGACCGCCAUGCUCACCGCGUACGCGGACAAUGGGCGGGUUCGGGAAGCCCGGCAGAUGUUCGACGAAAUGCCCGAGAGGAAUACUGCUUCGUAUAAUGCGAUGAUCACUGCCUACGUUCGCAACAAUUGGAAUGUCAGUAGGGCUUAUAAGUUGUUCGUUGAGAUUCCUGACCGCAAUGCGGUCUCCUACGGUGCCAUGAUCGCAGGGUUUGUUCGGGCAGGGAAGGUGGACAAAGCGAAAGAACUUUACCUUUCGAUGCCAGUCAAGUGGCGAGAUCCUGUGUGCUCGAAUGCUUUGAUAAGUGGGUAUUUGAAGCUGGGGGCACUUGAAGAGGCAGCUUGGGUUUUUGAGGGUAUGGCACGGAGAGAUGUAAUUUCCUGGAGCUCUAUGCUGGACGGAUAUUGCAAGAACGUUGGCGUUGGUGCUGCCAAAGAGUUGUUCGAUAAGAUGCCAGAGCGAAAUGUUGUAUCUUGGACUGCUAUGAUUAAUGGGUAUAUGAAGAUGGGGCAUUUUGAAAGUGGUUUUGAUCUUUUUAGGGAUAUGAGAAAGGAAGGAACGGUAAGGGUGAAUUCUAUGACACUUACUGUUAUGUUGGAAGCUUGUGGUGACUUUGGGAGGUCCCAAGAAGGCAUUCAGAUGCAUGGAUUAAUGUUUCAACUUGGACUUGAAUUUGAUUUAUUCAUAAAAAAUUCCAUUAUCAAAAUGUAUUCUAGUUUUGGCAUUGUAGAUGAUGCUAUUAAGAUUUUUUAUUCGAUGGACGAAAGGAACGAAGUCACAUGGAAUAGUUUAAUCUCUGCUUAUGUCCAGAAUGAUAGUAUUGAAGAAGCCUAUCGUCUAUUUGCCAAGAUGCCCAGGAAGGAUGCAGUCUCUUGGACAACUAUUAUUUCAGGAUUUUUAGGAAAUGGAAUAAUUGAUAGAGCAAUUAAGCUAUUUGAAAUGAUGCCUGUAAAAGAUGACAUUGCUUGGACGGCCAUGAUAUCUGGUUUUGUGAAGAAUAGCGAAUUCGAGGAGGCAUUCCAUUGGUACAUCCAGAUGCUUCAGAAAGCAAUCAAGCCUAAUCCUCUUACUUUGAGCAGUGUGCUAAGUGCUUCUGCUGGUUUGGCAACCCUGAACCAUGGUGUACAGAUUCAUGCUCAUGUUGUGAAGAUGGACCUGGAGCACGUUCUUUCCAUGCAGAACUCAUUAAUAUCGAUGUACUCAAAGUGUGGAAGUGUUCUUGAUGCCUACAGAAUAUUCACAGAAACAACUGACCCUAACAUAGUCUCUUAUAAUUCUAUCAUCACUGGGCUUGCCCAAAAUGGAUUUGGCACAGAAGCUCUCAGAUUAUUCAAAAAGAUGCAGAGUGUGAGUCAGGAGCCCAAUGAAGUUACCUUUCUUGCCAUACUCUCUGCAUGCACUCAUGUGGGGCUUGUUGAAGAAGGAUGGAAUUAUUUUAAAUCCAUGAAGUCAUUAUACGGGAUAGAACCGGGGCCUGAUCAUUACGCUUGCAUGGUUGACCUCCUUGGCCGAGCUGGAUUGCUAAAUGAAGCUAUCUGUUUGAUUAGUUCCGUGCCCCUUGAGCCCCACCCUGGGGUUUGGGGAGCCCUUCUUAGUGCAAGUAACAUCCACUUGCGGGUUGAUCUUGCAGAGCUUGCAGCUCAACGACUGAUCAAGUUGCAGCCUGAUAAUGCAACAUCUUAUGUUGUUUUGUCCAACCUAUAUUAUACCUCUGGGAAGCAGGAUUUUUCUGACAACGUUAGAAUGGCCCAGAAAUCUAAAAGAGUGAGAAAGAGUCCAGGAUGCAGUUGGAUUAUGAUGAAGGACAGUGUCCAUUUGUUUCUUGCGGGAGACAAAUCCCAUACAAAUUUCAGAGAUAUAGAAGCUACUCUAUGCACUAUCUCAAAGGAGAUACAACUUUUAGAAUCUCACUUCUAAUGGCUCCUCAAUCCUCUCAUCUAAUCUAAUGAUAAAUGUAUUCAAUUGUCAUUAGGAUACUUCUGCAGACUGUUUUCUAGCAUAGAGCUGGAGUCUUUUUGGGGGUUGGUGCUUCACUCUGAAUUGGAGAAUUUGCUCUUCCAUCCGUCUCAUCUGUUGGAUCACCCUCCACUGCAGACAAAUCGACAAUUCAGUAUCCGUAGUUGUAAAAGUAGGCGAACGUACUUGUGAAGGCCUUUCUCGCCAUGCAUAAAUUAAAUCAACAGUUAGGAUAAUUCUGCCAAUCUUGUGCUUAAUUACUUUCAUACUUC